AAAUAUUUCCUAUUUCAGAUAAAGAAUGGGUAAAAAAGGUGGAGGUAACCUGGGUCGGCAGCUGACUAAAAGUCAGACUGCUGUUAGGAAGGUGGGGGGUAGAGCACCAGUAGGAGAGGGGUACCUUCACACUGCAGAAUUACAGGAUGGUUAUGACUGGGGAAGAAUGAAUCUGAAAUCAGUAACUGAAGAAGCCUCGUACAUAGACUUCCUCAAUACAGCAGAACAGGCCAGAACUGAUUUUGAUGCUGAGAAGUGGAAUGUAAAACUAUUAGAUGCUCAUACAAGACAGGUGUAUAUCGACACUUCAGAGAAAGCAAAAGGAGAAGGACGAGUUCUAUCAGCUGCUGAACAGAUCUUAUCUAUACCCCGGAGACCGGACUGGAAGGGAUUAACUCCAACAGAGCUCAAGGAUGCAGAGAACGAUGCUUUUCUGGAUUGGAGAAGAAACUUGGCAGAGAUCCAAGAAGAAACCGACACAAUUAUUACACCUUACGAGAAGAAUUUAGAGUUUUGGAGACAGUUGUGGAGGGUAAUUGAGCGAAGUGAUUUAGUAAUUCAGAUUGUAGACUCCAGAAAUAUUCUUCUUUUCAGAUCUCAGGAUCUAGAGAAGUACGUGAAAGAAGUAUCAAACUUAAAGAAAAAUUUAAUUCUCGUUAACAAAGCAGAUUUUCUUAGUCUUGAACAAAGGCAGGCCUGGGCUAAAUACAUGACGGAGAACAUCGGGGAGACAAGGUUUGCUUUCUUCUCCGCCAUCCAGGAGGACAACCCUGUAGUGGAGGAGGGGGAGGAGGAGAACAAGGAGGUUGGGAAUGAGAAACAGGAAAAUCCCAAAGAGCCUACCCCGGUAGGGCCGGCUGUCCAGGAGAAAGUUCCGUUGGAGGCUGACUUUUCGGAUCCUUGUGAGAUUUUGACCUCGGCAAGAUUGAUAAAAUUGUUCCGAAGUUUUAAAAGAUUUGAGAAUGAAGAUAUGACUGUAGGGUUUAUUGGAUAUCCCAAUGUUGGUAAGAGUUCGACGAUUAACAAGCUACUUAACUCAAAAAAAGUUCGAGUUUCAGAAACUCCAGGGAAAACUAAACAUUUCCAGACUCUUGUUUUGGAAUCUGAUAUUACACUUUGUGAUUGCCCUGGUCUUGUUAUGCCAAGUGUAGUGGCGAGUAAGGCUGAUAUGGUUCUAAAUGGUAUUCUUGGAGUUGAUCAACUUAGAGAUCACGUUCCUAGUAUACAGCUUCUUCUGCAGCUUAUACCUACACAUGUACUGGAGUACAAGUAUGGAAUGGUAUUGCCCCCUGAACCAGCUAUACUAAGCGUGGAACAGCUUCUGAUUGCCGCGGCUACUAUUCGCGGAUUUAUGGCAAUUGGAGGUCGUCCUGAUCAGUCCAGAGCUGCCAGGAUUAUUCUCAAGGAUUUUGUGUCGGGUAAACUGUUGUUUUGUACGGCUCCACCUGGUGUUGUACAAGAUGAAUUUCAUGUUCAUGAAAGGGGUGAGCUACGUGUCUGGAGUUCAGAGGAAGCUAAAGAACAGGAAGCAAGGAGACUACAGCAGGAGAGGAAACCAGCUCAUCAGGUGUUAGACGAGAAGUUCUUUGCCAGGAUGUCAGUUGGUGCUCAUGUUCAAUCUCAGAAGAAGCUAGGAGGUCGGUUGUCGGACAAGGGGAAGAAGAAGGAAAAAAUAAAAAGGCUGUAUCCGGAGCUCGAUGCAAAACGUGCAUAACAUUUUUUCAUUGAAAAAUAAUUGGAAUCAGAUCAAUAAAAUUUUUAUUUUUGUU